AUGUGGCCGACUUCCAGAUCCAUCCGUGAGGAGACCUCUGAGCAGCCGAGGCCGACGGACGACGUAGCAGAUACGGGGGAAGUUGCUGGGGGCGUCCUGAGAAGCGAACAGUCGCAGAAACCGCCGGUACCUGCGCCGCCAUCAAGACCAGGACUACAACGAAAUGCAAUGCCUUCUGGUCUCGCAGCAGCAGGAGGACCAGGCCAAGGAAAGCCAAAACCGCAGCAGCAGAACCCGUCACCCACCGACUCGCUCUCACUGCUGCAGCUCCGCCGCAUCGUCGCCGAAUAUCCUCGCGUCGAACCUGUUGCCUACGACUUUGUCUACUCGGACACGGGGCCGCACGCCGAAGAGAUCGACGAAUGGUUCGUCUAUCAAUUCUGGCAAUGGGUGCGUCUAAACGCUGCCCAGAAGGCAUUCGAGUGGCACUGGAACCACGAAUCUGACGGUCGGCAUUCGUGGGAUGACGCAGACCACGACACGCGGGCCAAGUUCAUACAGGCCGCGAUUGCGGGAGUCCAGUCGAACGAUGCGGCCUUGCGCUCUGCAUCGAUAGGCAAGAUCGUGUAUCUUGUUUUGGGCCGUUGGGGAGACACGGCUAUGCCGAACGCACCAGUUGGAUGUGGGCGGUCGAUUGCCAGCAUACCCCAGCUGCAGGCCAUCAAGGCUGGUGUGGAGUGUUUGACGUCGUUGGAAGGAUUGCCCGUGGUUUGGGAGGCACUGAGAAAUUGCUUCGAGUUGCAUUGGUCUGGGGAUAUCCACCAGCAGGCGAGCCCGCAGGAGGCGCAAGACGAAUUGAUGAAUCUGAUGACCAUCAUGUAUAUUUCUAUCCAGGAGACGCUGAACGACUCAGACGACAUGUCUUCAUCAUACAAGGCAUUGCUGGAAUUGGAGCCGUCUUUGGUGGACUUUAUGUUGACGGCGACUUCUAAACUUCGAUGGGAUGAGCAGAAUUUCAUGCCUCUUACACAGGUGAUUGAGACGCGAGUUGCCUGGGUCUCAAGGGUUGCGCCGCUAAUAGACGCGCAGAUCUUCCUCUUGUUCUGGAAAACCAUCUUGCUGGUAUUUGGAGGCACACCAGAUCUGGCACGGGUCAAGGCGGCCUUGAGCGAGAUAAAAGAGGGGAUGACCAAGGAAACCAUCACAGCCUCGCCUCUGGACUACCAUUUGUUCCGACAAGAAAUCACGUCCAAGUAUCCAGCAUACGUCCCUCCACAGCCUUUGCUACCUCUCGAGGACGAAACCACGUCGAUUCUACCACCCAUUCCAAACCAUCCGGCACGAAACAACGGCUCGAAUGGCAUCAUCGCCACACCCGCACAGUUGCAAACGGGUGGUGCCUCCAUCUUGAACCAGCCAGUUCACAUUGCCACUCCUGCACCAUCGCCCCCGCCUUCACCCGGAGUCGGUGGGAAGGCAGGCAAGAAGCAGAAUUACCAAACAAACCAGAAUUUCCCCUUCAUGUACCCUCCCCUGGAUGCGACUAGUAACAGCGCUGGCGGAAAGGGCAUGGCUGGUAUUGACGACUCAAUAGUAAGCCGAAGAUGGGAAGGAAGCGACAUUCCUGCUUCAAUCCUUGAGGCUGGAGAACUUUUCUCCACCAGGGUGCGGAUGACGCGCGCAACACGGCAAAUGUGGGAAGAGAGGGAGCGAUUUCUCAAGUUCGAGCGCGGAUGGACGGAGGACGGCGACUACGACGACGACAUCGAGGGUCUCGACCUCAGUGAGUUGACCUUGGAGGAGAGAGAGGUGCUCAAGGAGGUCAAGGCCGAAGAGAAGACAACACGGUCUGCCCACGACUCGGAGCCCGAGGUGGAUUAUGGACCACAUCCAGAGAACUUGUCAGAGAGGGAUAAGCAGCGGCUACUAGCGGUGGAGAGAUUCUACAAAGAGUCGUUGCCUCAUUUGCAGUCACUAGUUAUCGUGCUGCUACGGCCGAUCCUGGUCAACGUCACCGCCAUCGUAGCGCAGCAAGCUGGCCAGAUGCCCAAUGGCAUGGCGGGCAGAGGAAACAACCCAGGAAUGAACGGUGGCCCGGGUGGACCGAGGCCGCCCGAGGGUCCGGGGCAGACUGCCUCACAGGAAGAGCCUGAGCCGUCCCCCGAGGAAGUCGACGCGGUCAGGACGAGAGAGAUCACGUCCAAGGCCAUGACUGGGAUUCUGGUGCUGCUGCUCAAGUGGCUAAGGAUAUCUCAUGUGCUCAAGUUUGAGUACCUCACGCAACUACUUUUGGACUCGAAUUACGUCCCCCUGGUGUUGAAGCUAUUUGCUCAUCAGGAUGUUCAGCAGGUGGUUGACAGCAAAAUGGACCGAGUGGAGAACAGCUUCUUCCAAUUCUGCAACCUGCGCUCCAAGCUCAAGGACAAGGCCGACAGCGACGUGGAAAAUGAGCACGGGGAGCAGGGGGAACACGGCCACGACGACAACAAGACAGGACAGCAGCAGGCCUGCUCCCAAAACGACAGUGAAGACGAAGCCGUCCCCCCGCCCAUCAAACGCAGACGAUCUCCUGCCAAGGACUCCGAAGCAGAAGAAAGGGCAGAAGCAAAGGUAGAGGGAGAGGCAGAGGCAGAGGCGGCAGCAAAAGCAAAAGCAGGAGCAGGAGCAGGAGCAGACGCAGGAGCAGAGGAGGAAGAAGACGAAGGCGAGGCCAGCGACGACCAAGCCUCGACGCGCCCCGAGGUCGACGAACUCGGGUACCCCGUCAACCCUCUUCCCGAACGGCCAAUCACCGACUUCUCGCGCCGCAACUUCUUCUCCCUCAUCAACUACCUCCGCGUGCUGCAGAAGAUUUGCAAGAACAAGUCCCACCGCAACCUCCUCCUGGUGCAGUACAAGUCGUCCACCAUCCUCCGCAAGGCCCUGCGGGUGCCGCAGCCCGAGCUCCGGCUGUACACGCUCAAGCUCUUCAAGAACCAGGUCCCGUACUGCGGACGCAAGUGGCGCCAGUCAAACAUGCGCGUCAUCACGGCCGUGUACCUGCACUGCCGCCCCGAGCUGAGGGACGAGUGGCUCGCCGGGAGCGACGUGGACGCCGAGGUGGACUCGGCGCUGCCGCUGGAACAGGCGCUGCGGAGUCUGACGCACUGGCUCAAUGUGAGGCGGUGCCCGGACCAGAUUGCGGCGGACAUACGGGCCGCGAUGCGGGAGGAGCAGGACUUUUUCAGCAGGGAGCUGGAGAAGAUUGACAUUGGGUGGGGGGACGAGGGAGAGGGCGGCGGGAGCAGCGCCGAGCCAGACCACGUGGAGGGAUGGGCUUGA